AUGACCCAGUCGUCUCGGUCGAACCACAGAGACAACAGGCGGCGCGAGUAUCACCAACUACCCGGUAGGCCAGACUCGUCGUCAUAUAUGUCCCAUAGAGACUGGAACGAAAGUCAAAUCGGCCACUUCACCAACACUGUCGCCUCUCCCGCUCCCUCAGCGUACUCGAACACCACAAUAUGUGCCCCAACUGCUACAAUAGCGGCCUAUACGUCAAAUCAUCAUGGCCAGUUUGAGACCAUUUUCUCCCCGCACUCGACAACUAUCAGCGAUCCAGGUGAAUACCAGUUCUCUUCGAGGCUAAGGCAGGGCUCAGUGUCAUCUAUGCCGCCCCUUGAUUAUAACCCCAGCCGGGUUGGGCUCUUUACUAAUGCUGUCCCUUCUCCUGCCCUUUCUGCAUGCACGCUGAACACCACUAUCAGCUAUCUCCCUUCUUCGGUGGCAGCUUACGCGCCAACAGUGCAACGUUCGACGUAUGCAAUGGAUUCUUUUCCGCCGUUACCAGGCACCCAAACCGCGAGUUUCAAUCACUUAUCCGCAAGCGCAAGACCAGAGUCAUUAUCUUACAGUAACUAUCAAGGGAAUCAUGUUGGGCCUUCCAGUGGUACUCUCAACUCCCGCGUACGCCCGGCUUUAUCGUUGAACACCAGCUUACGCUCUGAUGCUUCAUCCGUUUAUUCCUUCAACAACACGAUCACUGCCCAUGUUCCCCUUUCCUCUUCACGGGACGACCAUGGGCAGUUUUCAGCCAGUGCUUCCAUCUCGCCGGCUCAACAACUCGCUCAUUCCGACCUCUCUCCAGUCUACGGUCAGGGAGAAGCACUCCUCAUCGGUCCCGGCCACUACAACUAUACUGGUGACUAUGGGAGUUAUGAGGGUAUGCCAACGAACAGUGUGAACAUCACAUACUCCCCUGCUCUUCAGUCGUACCUUGGUGGUACUGAACAGUAUCCGUCUUACACCUCCAACGAUAGCUACCCCACCGGGUACCAGUGUGACAAUGGCUUUGGUAGAAGUUUGGAUAUUGGGUCUCAGUCGACUACCAGUGGUCAUCACUUCAACCCGCUGAAUCAAGUCAACACGUUCAACACGAUCGCUGUCCCAUCACCAACAGCACUUGCCAGAGAAGCAUUGGCCGCAAUGGGCUCCAUGGCAUCUUGCCCCUAUUCUGAGCAGGAGUCAGAAGGAUAUUCUGGUUGA